AUGGGUGUUAUUGAUGAAAUGCGCGGCCAUUUGCUCGGGGGGCAGUUGCGGGCGCUCGAGGACCGCCUGGCGGACGCGCGCGAGGCGCUCUCCCUGGCGGAAGCCUUCGCGGAGGAGCAGCGCGUGGUGCGCGAGGAGGCGGAUGCGCGCGUGCGCGCGCAGGAGGCGGAGGUGGAGCUACUGCAGGCGCGCAUCGAGGACAUGGCGGAGCAGGCGGAGGAGGACGAGGAGGAAAUGGCGGCGCUCGAAGAGGACCUCGCGCGCGCCAUCAAGCGCGUCGAGGAGCUCGGGCUGCGCUCCGCCGCUAUGACCAUUGAGAUGGAGCAGUUGCAGGAGGAGUUGCGGCGGGAGCGCGAGCUGCUGCGCAGCACGGAGACGGUGGCGGAGGCGGAGUGGCUGCGCCGCGUGGCGGCGGAGCGUGCGAACGCGGCGUUGCAGCGCGACGUGGAGCGCGCGCAGCUGGACGCGGACGAGCUCUGGAGCGCGCUCGAGGCGUUCCGCGAGGAGGGCGCGGGGGUUGCGGAGCAGCUGCGCGUGCAGAUGGAGGCGGCGGUGCGCGAGGCGGCGGAGCGCGAGCGCGCGCACCGCGCGGCCAUGGCCCGCGUUGACGAGGAGGUGGAGCGGCUGGCGGAAGAGGCGGAGGCGGCGGCGGAGCGCGAGGAGCUGGCGGCGCAGCUGAUCGACCGCCUUAAAGACCACAACGCGCUGCUCGCGCGCCAGCUCGCGGCCAUGGCGAAGCGCGCGGGCGGGGCCGCGCGUGCGGUGGGGGAGAGCGGGUCCGAGGCGGAGGAGGAUAACUUCGCGUUUGAGGCGAGCGGGAAGGCGGCGCGCGGGGGGCAGGGCGGGGAGGGGAGCGCGGACGGGGAGAGCGAGGGGGAGAGUGUGGGGGAGAGCGCGGACGCGGAGAGUGUGAGUCAGUCGUAUGAGGAGGGGGAGGCGUCUCCUCUUCUCCAGGCGCAGGCGCGCAGGCAGGGCGCAGGACUGAAUAAUUUUGAAACAGGCAGCAUGGCGGGCAGCAGUGUAACGGGCAGCAGCGUCCUGGGCAGCACUAUAGGCGGGCAGCGGACAGGGUGGGUGGGUCCGGGGGAAGGCGCGGGGAGAAUGGGCGCAGAUAACCGAGCAGUAGGGGGGAACGGGCGCAUGGGUGGCGCGUAUGGGAUGGCGGGGGAAGGGGAGAGCCCUAGCGGACUAGCAGGCACGUCCCCCACGCUCACGUUCACUCCCCCCCCGCAGCACUCCCCCAUGCACCACCAGUACCCCCAUCUGCUUCUCUCCGGCGCCACUCCAGUGCCUGGCAGCGGAGCCCUGCAGGCGCGAGCAGCCGUAGGGCUAAAAGAACUCCAGGCGAGCCGGGACGCGCUGCGAAUCGCCAUGCGGGGGGUGAGAGAGCGAGCCGCUCUUGCUGCAGAGGCGCAGCAGAGAGCAGCGGGGGGUCAGGGGCGGAGAGGGAAGGCGGGGAGGAAGGUGGAGGCGGGAGCGGUGGGGGAGAUGCUGGCAGAGGUAGAGGAGGAGGUGGUUGAGGGGCAGAGUCUGGUGGAGCGGGCUGAGAGGAUUGUGGCGAGAAUGGCUGCGUUGGAGAGUAAAGGGGCGGGUGUGGGGAAGAAGAUGGAGUGGAAGAGGAAGAGACUGGCUGACCUGGAGGCGAGGCUGGGUCUGGGUCCAAGGAGAGCGUCGCGGUUCCGCGUUGAGUCUUUCGCAGUCGCGGAUCUGCUCUGCGCAAUCCAAGCGCCUGCGCCCGCCUUCUCUUCCGCCAGUCAGCGCAUCGACUCCGCUCCGCCGCAGCAUCUUUCCGCCGACGCCGCUAGCGCCACCCCGGCGGAAGGAUCGGACGGCGCGCGCAGCGCUCCGCUGGCGGCGUGCGAAAGCGGCGGCGACGAGGAGGACGACCCGAUUUUAGCUCGGCGUGAGGCGGAUCGCCCGCCGGACGGGGCGCGGAGCGCACCUGACGACGAUCCGAUACAAUCAGACGCAGAUGGCGGCGGGGAAGCGGCGAACGUUGUGGAUGGCGGGCGUAAGCAGCGCCCACCGCCCGAGUCUGUGGGGGAACAUGGAGGGCCGAGCGUGAAGUCUCCAGGAGGGAUGGAGUUGCUACAGAGGUUCCUGGGACGUGAGCGGCACCUGGACCACCUUUUGAUGCACGGUCGCUUUGCGGAAGCUGCAGCGCUGUGCCCCUCAGCCCUUGGGAACUCCGAAACCGCAUGGCAAUGGUGGAUUGGGAACUUCUCUCGCUUGCAGCAGCUGCAUACUCUGCUGCCCUACGUCCCUGUUUCCAACCCGAAGCUCAGUCCAGCCACUUAUGAGUCCGUGCUAGUGGAGCUGCUCGUCUCCCCGCACUCCUCCUACCACUGCCAGUUGCCCCCCACAUUAGCCUGCUGGCCGCCUGCUCUCUACAACCUGGGCGCCGUCAUUGCUGCCGCAGAGAAGCGCCUGUUACAGCACGGCAGUGCCAUACAGCUGCAGCUCCUAGCGGGCCUGUAUGUGCGCAACAGGGACUUCAUGGAGGCUCUGGACGUCUACCUGCGGAUUCUGGUGGCACAGCACAGAGCACACCACACUGACUCGGCCUCAACCGCUACCACUGAGCUAGCGAACUCCCAUGAACGCACAGCCAACCAUGCUCAGGCGCCUGCUUCUGCUGACGUGGAUGGGGACUUUAAAGGGCGUGUUGAGUUGUAUGCAGACUUCGACCGCCGCCUGCUGCUGCCCUUCCUGCAGUCGUCCGACCACUACCCCUUGCAAGACGCUCUAAACCUGUGUGUGCAAAGGGGUCUGGUGGAGGAGCAAGUGUUUCUGCUUACCCGCAUGGGUGAUUACAAAGAAGCGCUAUCUCUCCUGCUGGACCGACUCAAAGACGUGAACCGAGCAGUAAUACUGGCCAGGGAGGUGAAAGAACAGUACGUGUGGAAUUUCCUCCUGAAACGAUCUGCCACAAACCCGCACUUGGUGGCAGCACUCAUGGAGCAAGCCACAGACAUCUUCUCUCCCAAGCAGCUGCUUGCUGGAGUCUCGCCCAACACUCACCUAAAAGAGUACGUCUGGCACUCAUUAAAGUUUUUAAAAGACAGGUUGCGGCAGCAUCUGCUGGCAGUGCUGGCAGCGUCAGCAACAGAGGUGUCUCUCCGCCAGGGCUGCAUUGCCCUCUUGCGAUCCAAUCCCAACUGCAUCGACCUCUGCCUCUUCAUCCCCUUCUCCUCUUUUCCUUCUUCUCCUCUUCGCCUCCCUCCUGUGCACUUUGUUCGCAGGUUGCGGCAGCAUCUGCUGGUAGUGCUGGCAGCGUCAGCAACAGAGGUGUCUCUCCGCCAGGGUUGCAUUGCCCUCUUGAAAUCCGAGUGCAUCGACCUCCUCUGCCUCUUCAUCCUCCAAUCGCAGUUUGCCGCCCGCUUCUCCUCCUCCGCUGCACCGAUCCACCUUCCUCUUCUCCCCGUGCCAUCUUCCACUGCAACAGCAACCAGCACACUGCUCCCUUCCUCUCAAGCCGCAUCUACAUAUACUUCUUCUCAGUCCACCUCUGGGUUCUUAACCCCCUGUGGAGCUGCUGGGACGUCACUACUCAGUCUGUACUCCCGCAAGCCGUUUCGAAGGAAGGCAUUUAUGGGUAGAUUUUCUGGCACAACCAUGUUUCCAGACACACCGAUGGACCUUUUUAGGUCCGAGGAGAUGCAGUUAGUGCAGCUAAUCAUUCCUGCUGAAGCUGCACAUAACACCGUCGCUCACCUUGGGGAGCUCGGUCUACUGCAGUUUAAGGAUUUAAAUCCGGACAAAAGCCCAUUUCAGCGAACCUAUGCAAAUCAGGUUAAACGAUGCGGGGAAAUGGCACGAAAGCUUCGUUAUUUCAAGGAUCAGUCCGUGAAGGCUGGAAUUCUACCAAGUAGCCCAGCACCAUUGGACAAGGAUUUUGACCUAGACGACCUCGAGGUCAAAUUGGCGGAGCUGGAGGCGGAAUUACUGGAGAUAAAUGCUAACGCUGAAAAGCUUCUACGAAGCCGGAAUGAGCUGAAUGAAUUGCAGCUCGUCCUUGUAAAGAUGGAUGCUGCUGUCCACCAGAGGGAGUUUGAAGAAGCAAGCUCAGGCAGGGAAAUAACGUCUGACACUGCACUGUUAUUGGAGCAGGAAAUGGUCUCAGAACCUGGCAAGCAGAUGCGCCUUGGAUUCGUUACAGGGCUUGUCCCUAAGGUCAAGGCUGCAACAUUUGAAAGGAUUUUGUUUCGAGCAACUCGUGGAAACAUGUACCUUAAGCAGGAGGAGCUUGACGAGCCAGUAGUGGAUCCUGCAACAGGAGAAGAAGUGGAGAAGGUGGUGUUCGUUGUGUUCUUUGCUGGUGAGCGAGCUCGGACCAAGAUCAUGAAAAUCUGUGAGGCAUUUGGUGCAAAUCGUUACCCGUUUCCAGAGGACCCACAGAAACAGAGGCAAAUGCAUUCUGAGGUGAUUGCACGGUUAUCAGAGUUGCAGACCACCAUUGAUGCAGGCAACAGGCACAGAGAUAGUUUGCUGAACAACAUAAGCUACCAGAUCGAAAACUGGGCAAGCCUGGUUCGAAGGGAGAAGGCUAUCUACCACAUAUUGAACCAGCUGUCCAUCGAUGUCACUCGCAAGUGCCUUUUGGCUGAGGCAUGGUGCCCCGUGUAUGCGAAGUCAGAGAUUCAAGAUGCUCUUCAUCGUGCAGUGACCAUGAGCAAGGCAGAUGUGGGUACUAUCUUUCAGACGAUUCGGUCUGGCGAGUCCCCUCCGACAUACUUUAAGACCAACAAGUUCACUGGUGCUUUUCAAGGGAUCAUCGAUGCUUAUGGCAUGGCACGGUACCGGGAGGCCAACCCUGGGGUUUUCACCAUCAUCACCUUUCCGUUCCUCUUUGCGAUCAUGUUUGGUGACUGGGGUCAUGGCAUCCUGAUGCUCCUUGCAUCCCUUUGGCUUGUCAAGAACGAGAGGAAGUUGGGCUCCCAGAAACUUGGUGACAUUAUGGAGAUGGUUUAUGGAGGCCGCUACCUCAUCCUCCUUAUGUCUAUUUUCUCCAUCUACACUGGCUUCGUUUAUAACGAGUUCUUCGCUGUCGCCUUUGAUUUUGCCAUAUUUGGUGGCUCGGCAUACACUUGCCGCACCCCAGACUGCGGUGAUGCAGCCUCUGCUGGUUUGGUGAAGACAGGCAACACAUACCUUUUUGGAGUGGACCCUCGGUGGAAGGGCUCUCGCACAGAGCUGCCCUUCUUGAACUCACUCAAGAUGAAGAUGAGCAUUGUGCUGGGAGUCACUCACAUGUUUCUGGGCCUUGCUCUCAGCCUCUGCAACGCCCUCUUCUUUGACCUGCCACUCAACAUUUGGUACGAGUUCAUCCCACAGGUCCUAUUCUUGGCUUCUUUGUUCGGCUAUCUCUCGCUGCUCAUCAUAGUCAAGUGGAUCACAGCCUCCCAAGCUGAUCUCUAUCAUGUCAUGAUCUACAUGUUUCUCAACCCCACUGAGCCACUGGGAGAGAACGAGCUGUUUUGGGGGCAAGGAACACUCCAGAUUGUCUUGCUACUUAUUGCACUGAUUUCUGUUCCGUGGAUGCUCUUUCCCAAGCCUCUAAUUCUACGGGCUGAACACAUGAAGAAGCGUCAGGGGCGAGCAUACACAGCGCUGAACUCAGACAAUGAACUGUAUGAGAUGGAGGCGUUGCAUCCAGGGGAGGAGGGGCAAUUGCACCAUCAUCAACAUGAGGAGGAGUUUGAGUUUGGGGAGGUGAUGGUGCAUCAGAUGAUUCACACCAUCGAGUUUGUGCUGGGCGCCGUCUCUAACACGGCCUCCUACCUGCGUCUCUGGGCUCUCAGCUUGGCACAUGCAGAACUUUCGGCUGUCUUCUUUGAGCGAGUUCUGCUUCCAGCAUUCGAGUCUGGAAACAUCAUCUUCAUUAUAAUUGGAUUCUUUGUCUUUGCAUCAGCAACCGUUGGUGUGCUUCUACUCAUGGAGACUCUCAGUGCGUUCCUCCAUGCACUCCGUCUGCACUGGGUUGAGUUCAUGAACAAGUUCUACACUGGAGAUGGAUACAAGUUCCUACCAUUCUCGUUCGAUACAAUCACUGACGAUGAAGACUAG